CGAUUUGGCAAAGUUGUCACGUGAAACAUCUCUGGUAGAGUGAGUUGUGAUGGUGAAGUGUUGUGUAAUGACUGUACGAGGUUAAAUUGACAUUAAUUUAUGGCAACAGUGUAAAGAGACGUAACGCCAUUAUGCCGCGUAUUGGAUUUAUGUCUGUUGUUUUAUGUAUUGCUCUGGCAAGUGUCCAUGGGCGCGAUAAAGAGAUACCGACAACCAAGUUAACGAUGAAUUCGUACUUGGGACCGACUUUGAAAUUUUUAUAUUGUUAUUCGUGAGGCUACAGAGGGCUUUUUGAGCAGUAUGCAGCCAUACUGCGUCAAAAGUAUCCCGAGAUAAUGGUAGAGGGCGACCUAUAUCCACCUCCAAACAUAAAUAUUUUCCUAGCUCAGGCAUUGGGAGUUGCAAAAAUGUUGUUAAUCGGUUGCAUAUUAAGUGGAAUGAACAUAUUUAAUUUGUUUGGUCAAGAGCAACCUCCAUGGUGGACUUGGUGCAUCAACAACAAAAUAUACUCCUGUAUGAUGACUUUUUUUGUGUGCAAUGCAGUUGAGGGUCAACUGGUUUCAACAGGAGCAUUUGAAAUUUCUUUCAAUGAUGUUCCUAUUUGGUCAAAACUGGAAACGGGCAGGAUACCACAGCCACCAGAAUUAUUCCAAAUCAUUGAUAAUCACCUCCAUUUUGGUCGCCAGUCGUAAUUAAGGUGUAAAAUAUUGGUUCGAAUUUGUUUAACAAUAUGUCUGGUUAAUUUGAUUAUUAUUUUCACUGAGAUAAAUAUGUUUACAUUUGCUACAGUAUGAAGGCUUCUUCAUAAAGUGGGAAAUACCUGCAGGAAGUUGCCAGAAGUUUUUAAGCAGAUGUACACACAUUUGUUGAAGUGAAUGAUUAGUGCUUGUGCUAGAAUAAAUGUUUACCAGUAUGUCUUGUUUUAAAUGUGUAAUACUAUGUUUUAUUGGAAAUUUGUUAUUUUGGAUAUUUGUAAAGUGAGAACUUCCAUUGUUGCUCAUAUAAAGCUGUAUUUACAGUAUUACUUUCUGUAUCUUAUGUUAUGUAUAUUGAAAUGUAUAGUAAAUACCAUUGGUUUCCCAAAAACAA